AUGGAGCCAUUGGUAAAACGACAGCGUGCCGGUGAAGAGACGCCGCCGACAAAGCGACGGCAUAUGGAGGGGGAUCGGACGCCCCGGUCUCUAUCACAGCCCAUCAGCCCGCCUCCGAGGCGGAAGAACCGAGUGUGUCCAUCACCAUGGCAGCUCACAUGGGUCCCAGACCUGCCCGAGCCACAGAACCGCGAUGCCAUCAAGCUUGGGGAUAUCCUGGGCGACUCGCUCAUCUCCGAGUGCUGGGAGUUCAAUUUCUUGCACGACAUUGACUUCCUCAUGAACGCCUUUGACCCAGACACGAGGCACCUGGUCAAGGUGCACGUCGUGCACGGAUUCUGGAAGCAGGAGGACCCGAGUCGCCUAGACCUGAUGCAAGAGGCGUCAAGAUACCCCAACGUUGAGCUGCACGCGGCCUUUAUGCCCGAGAUGUUUGGCACCCACCAUUCCAAGAUGAUGGUGCUCUUGCGUCGCGACGGCACAGCUCAGGUCGUAAUCCUCACGGCCAACAUGAUUCCUAAGGACUGGACCGUCAUGGCCAAUGCCGUCUGGAGAUCUCCCUGGCUCCCGCUGUCCGCCCAGCCCAUGGCGGGGCACUUGCCCUGUCCGGACGAUCAUCCAGUGGGCAGCGGCGAAAGAUUCAAAGCUGAUCUCCUGUCCUACCUUGCUGCCUACGACAGGCGCAGAGUAAUCUGCAAACCUCUAGCUGAUGAGCUGCGCAAGUACGACUUCUCGGCCGUGCGGGCUGCGUUCGUCGCCAGUGUUCCGGGGAGACACGAGAGUCACGACAUGUACCAGCCAUCCUGGGGUUGGGCCGCUCUCAGGAGGGUCCUCUCAGCUGUGCCGUGUGAAGAUGGCGAGUCUGAAGUGGUUGUGCAGAUAUCAUCUAUCGCCACCAUGGGCCCGACAGACCAGUGGCUACAGAAGACACUGUUCGACUCACUAGGAAGGAGCUUUUCUUUCGGCAAAAAGCCAGAGAGGCCACAGUUCAAGGUCGUGUUCCCCACGGCUGAUGAGAUCCGACGUUGCCUUGGCGGGUAUAUGACUGGGGCAUCCAUCCAUACCAAGAUACAGUCGCGGCAGCAGGCCCUGCAGCUCAGGUAUCUCCGACCAACUCUACACCACUGGGCCAAUGACUCGGACCAUGGGAAGCCAUUGCCGGGUGACACCACCACGAGACGCCACGGCGGGAGAGCACGGGUUGCACCGCAUAUCAAGACGUACAUACGCUACAGCCAGAGGGGAACCAUAGAUUGGGCCAUGCUCACAUCUUCCAACAUGUCUAAGCAGGCCUGGGGUGACACAGCAGCGCCGGGAACGGGCCUCUUCCGCAUCGCGUCGUGGGAGGUUGGCGUCCUCGUAUGGCCCGACCUGUUUGUCGGUGACGAUGAGCAGCAGGAUGUCGCCAUGGUCCCGACAUUCCAAUGCGACAACCCUCUUGUGAUUCGGGAAGAAGAUAGGGAGGGAAAGGAAGGCCAAUACGAGGGGGUCGCAGCCAUGGUCCAGAACAUCCCCGUUGGGUCCCCGGCCCGCGGUGGGAGGAACCCGCUGUCGACGUCAUUCACGUCGUCAUCACCCCUGGCGGAGGCGUACCUUGCCAGCGACAUUGCCGCAUGCACUGACGACGGUGAGGAUGGAAUUGACCAAGACGCGGACCUCGAGGCGGACCGUCAGCUGACGCCAGGCCAUAUGGCGUACCGCCGUCCCAGCAGCGGUGUGGCCUAUGGCGGCACCCGUCCGGUCCUGGGCGCCCAGGUCGCAGACGAGGCUGGGCCGAGUCCCAUGGAGCGCCAACAGUCACGCAGCGCAGAGAUCAGCCUCCUGCGAGAUAACCACGUCUUGCCUCCCAAGCACGCCACGUCCAAGAAGCCGGAUGGUCUGCUCCGGCGUCUCUACCGUCGCGUGUUCAGCACCCGCGUGCUAGCCGAGGAGAUCACGACGGCGGGGGCGCGAGCACCCCCGGGGCAGCCAAGCGAGCAGUCGCCCCUUCUGGCAGGUGGUAGCGGCAGCGGUCGCGCGAACGGCGGCGCCGACGGCGGCGCCGCAGAUGGCGAGGAUGAGGAGGCCGCGUGGAUCCAGGCCGUGGCGGACGGUCGUCUGCGGACGACGUGGCAGCGCGAGACCAAGACCCUGGCCGAGUACUCUGCGCCUCUGAUCGGCACUUUCUUUCUACAGUACUCGAUCAACGUGGCGAGCAUCUUCGCCGUGGGGCGCAUCGGCAAGAACGAACUAGGCGCCGUGUCGGUGGCCAACAUGUCGGUGGCCAUCUCCUGCAUCGCGCCCUUCCAGGGCCUGGCGACGAGCCUGGACACGCUGUGCGCGCAGGCGUACGGCUCGGGACACCGGCACCUGGUGGGCCUGCAGUUCCAGCGCAUGACUUUCUUCCUCUUCACGCUCAUGGGGCCGGUCGCCGUGCUGUGGCUGUUCGCGGGCGACAUACUGGGCCGCCUCAUCCCGGAGCCCGAGUCGGUGCGUCUGGCGGCGCUGUACCUGCGCGUCAUGAUCUUCGCCAUCCCGGGAAUUAUCCUCUUCGAGACGGGCAAGCGCUUCACCCAGGCCCAGGGCCUCUUCCGCGCCACCACGUACGUCCUCGUCAUCGCCGCGCCUCUCAACAUCUUUCUCCUCUGGCUGCUCGUCUGGAAGCUGGAGCUGGGCUUCGUGGGGGCGCCCAUCUCCGUCGCCAUCAUGGAGAACCUGCUGCCGAUCCUGCUGUUCCUGUACGUCCGCUUCAUCGACGGGUCGCAGUGCUGGGGCGGCUUCAGCAAGCGCGCCUUCUCGAACUGGUGGGUCAUGAUCCGUCUGGCGCUGCCGGGCAUGAUCAUGGUCGAGGCCGAGUGGCUCGCCUUCGAGAUCAUGACGCUGCUGGCUAGCCGCUUCAGCGCCGAGCAUCUCGCCGCCCAGAGCGCCGUGGCCACGCUAGCGUCCAUAUCUUACCAGAUCCCCUUCCCCGUGUCUAUCGCCGCAUCGACGCGUAUCGCCAACCUUAUCGGUGCUGGGCUCGUGGGACCUGCCAAGUUGGCAGGCAAAGUCGCCUUUAUCGUAUUCUGCAUCAUUGGCACCUUCAACCUCACCGUCUUCAGCACCAUGCGCUACUACCUCGCCCUCCUCUUCACCCGUGACCCGGAUGUUGUCAGCAUCAUCACCCGCGUUCUCCCCAUCGUAGCUGUCAUGCAGGUCUUUGACGGCCUGUCAGCCGGUGCCCACGGUCUCCUCCGCGGAAUAGGGAAGCAGUCCAUCGGUGGGCCCGCCAACCUGAUCGCCUACUAUGUCAUUUCCCUUCCCAUCUCCCUUUGGCUAGCGUUCGGUUUAGGCUGGGAGCUCGAGGGUCUCUGGAUAGGUGUCACUGUCGGGCUUGUCGUGUGA